AUGACGGACUUUUACAUAUCGCAGCCAGAUUUGUUUCUCUUGGAACACUGGCAAAAAGACUCGCCGUUAUCUAUUGAUGCCCAACGAGAACAAAUCUUCGCUAAAUGGGUGGCACUCGGAACCCGUGAGCGCGAGCCAUAUUACCACCAGCAAAUUGGACUGGGUGAUCUUCCGACACAUAGCCAAGAGCUACUGAAUCGUAUUCGCCUACCAACUGAACGUCUACCGGUCACUGAUUUUAAACCUUACUGGCUGCGUACCUGCUAUAAGCCUGAAUCUGAGGAAGCUUGGACUAAAAUUCAAAGUGAACUUGAAUUCAACUUCGGUGAUCUACCCCCAAUCUACAAUGACCCGGCUUUGUAUAACUUUGACAACAAUUGGGAAAAGAUUUUCCUUCGUACCCCACAACUACUUCGAAAUACUUGCCUAGCUGAAGAAUACGAAGAUGAUGUUGCUGAGGCUCUACAAGAAGGAAUUGAGGCAGAGAAGUUCGAUGAAGAGGAAGACAGUGAUCCGGAGGAUGCAAUGCCGUGGAUGACUUUUUAUUCAGAGUAUCUUUGGCGGUUAUCUGCCGGGCGUAUCUAUAUUGUUGAUGCGACGACUCUAGCCUCAAACUCCAAGGAUCGGAACGCUGGGAAGGUUCUAGUGGUAUGGUACGACGAGUGUGGACGAGGAAUACGUUACUAUCGCCAAGAGCUCGAUAAGGCAGUUGACGAGACUGGCCUUUUCGAUUAUAUUCUCAGAGACCGAGCAUGCUGGGAGAAUGCUGAGAUCUGUGAAUCCUAUGAAGAGGGUGCACCCUUAGGACCCCCAUACGGCGAGGAGAACUCGAAAGACGAAACCUCCGAGUAG